UGUCGCCAAACAGCGGCUGUCUGAACACUUUUGGGUUUAUAUAGAGAGGCAUGCUGGGGGGCCCUGGAGGAGUGGACAUCACGGGCUUCUUUAACUUCUCUCUGAGUGGACACACAGGACUCUCUCACUCUUUCUGCUUCACAUGCAAGAAGAAGUGCAAACUGUGCUCAUCCGAUUACAUAAUGAUCCAGUAAGAGUGAGCCGGAACCGGUACUGCCAGUACCAGUGUGCUGGGAGACACCGAUCGACCGCCGGGUAGUACCUCAUCCAGGCCUCUCUUCUCACAGAUUUCAUGUAAUUUUUCUGAGAAUUUUUUUUUUUUUUUUAGGAUGACAGCAACGUAAGAGGAAACUGCAAAAGGAACCAUGUGAUGCCAAAAUUAAAGGUGAUGCAGAACAAGUGUAAGCUGUCAACAAGUGCAAGACCCUGAAAUUUCAACCCCCAAGACAGAUAAAAAGCUUAAAUCUGUCUUUUCACAUGUGUGCUGGACAGCGAAAUUAACUAAAUCUUUCAAAUUUCCAAGCUGUGAUCAAAGUGAACUUCUGUUUGAGUGAACAGAAAGCACCAGCCAUGACCUCAGCCACUCCUCCGUCCUCUGAAGGUUCCUCCCCUCAGAAAGUGUGCCACUCCCAGACGCAGACCGACAUCACCAAGCCUCUGCUGGGCUCCCCAGGGGUGACUGGAAGUGCUGGUGCAGGAGGAGGAGGACCAGGAGCUGGAGGGCCCAACGCUCUGAGAAGGAGGCGCCGCGUCCUCUCCAAGGAUGGCCGAAGCAAUGUACGAAUCGAGCAUGUCAGCGGUCGAGGGGCGCUGUACCUCCGCGAUCUCUGGACAACUUUCCUGGACAUGCAAUGGCGCUACAAGUUCUUCCUCUUCUCCGCCACCUUUGCUGGGACAUGGUUCCUGUUUGGGGUGCUUUGGUACCUGGUGGCCAUGGUGCACGGAGACCUGCUGGAGUUUGACCCCCCAUCCAACCAUACACCCUGCGUGAUGGAGGUGAAGACCCUGACUGGAGCCUUCCUCUUCUCUCUCGAGUCUCAAACCACCAUCGGCUACGGUUUCCGGUGCAUCACCGAGGAGUGUCCCGUAGCGAUCGUCCUCCUCAUCUUUCAGCUGGUCAUCACCAUGGUGAUGGAGAUCUUCAUCACUGGCACCUUCCUUGCAAAGGUUGCUCGUCCCAAGAAGAGAGGAGAGACAGUGAAGUUUAGCCAACAUGCUGUUGUGUCGAAUCACGAGGGGCGGCCGUGCCUCAUGAUCCGAGUGGCCAACAUGCGAAAAAGCCUGUUAUUAGGAUGCCAGGUGACGGGGAAGCUGCUUCAGACGUCCCUGACAAAGGAGGGCGAGACGGUGAGGUUGGAUCAGCGCAAUGUGCCGUUCCAGGUGGAUACAUCCAGCGACAGCCCCUUCCUGAUCAUCCCCCUGACUUUCUACCACAUCAUUGACGACAACAGUCCCCUCAGAGCCUGGGCAGCAAAAGGUGGUGGCUGGACAGACCCAGAACUAGCUGACUUCGAGCUCCUGGUGAUCAUGAGCGCCACGGUUGAGCCGACCUCCGCUACCUGCCAAGUUCGAACAUCCUACCUUCCGGAUGAGAUCCUGUGGGGUUACGAGUUUCCCCCAGUCGUCUCUCUGUCCCCGUCGGGAAAAUACGUGGCCGAUUUUGCCUUUUUUGACAAAGUGGCCAAAACCAAAACUCCUCCCCUCUUCAAGCAGGCCCUCCCACCGAGCUCCCCGUCGCAGGCGUCCCAGUUCCGGGGCGGCAAGGAGGAUGGGACGGACCCGGAGAAGAUGCGACUGGAGGAGAGCUACAGGGGGGAAGAGAGGGGGAAGGAGAGGGGGCGAGUCAGAGAUAGCAGCCCACUCAGUGUUCGUAUCAGCAACGUGUGAGGGUGGAGGCGAGACGACAGGAAACGGAAAGAUGAUUUGAAACUGAGAUGAGGUGAAGACAGGAAGAAAAACAAAACAAGCUGCUCAACAGAAGAAGCCACAUUCUCACACAGAAACCGUCUCCCUGCUCCUACACACAGCAUAUUUUAAUCGUGGACCACAGGGCCACCUGGGUGCUCUGUCACCUCACCCACUACCCACACACAGAUAUACAGUAAACACCAGGCGGUAGAGAAGAUACUGAAGACAACUACAAGCAGCCUCAAAGGAAACAAACAUGGCUUGUGCGAAUGCUCAGCACAAUGUCAACUCUUCCACAGAGAAACUGAUUCAUUUUCUUUUUGGGGAAAGGACUUGACUUAUUACAAUACUGCAAAAAUCAUUAUUUGAUCGAACCAUUUUUUUAGUCUUGAUCUACUCAAAACAAGCGAUUAAAAUCAAGGCAGCAGAAAUAAUGCAACCCGAUUUCCUGAAAGUCAUUUUAAGAAUCUUGAACAAACAGGAAAAAGGGCCACUAAGAAUUAAAAAAAUGCUCUAAAACCUGGUUUGAUUAGAUGAUUUUUGCAGUGAAGUUGAAGGUUGGAUGUGUUCGUCACUGAAUCACAGUACUGUUUUAUUUUUUUCUUUUAAAUAAUAAUAAAAAAACCUGCAACAGGUGGCAAAAAUACUGGAACCACGUGUUUUUUAAAGAGGGGUUUCCAAUGGAAUGUAUCAUAUUUUAUGUACCCAGUAGCUUCUAACAACAUCAUUACCUGAAAAUAUGCUCUUUGAUAUAUGAAUGUCCUGUUUUUUGAGGUAAAUAUGUUUAGUAAUAUUACUAAAAGCACUUUAACUUGAAAGAAAAGUGGCAUUUCACACAAGGAGAAUAACUGAACUAACUUCAAUGCUUAAUGCACUGUAUUAAGUGAUUAAAUCAUGUGGUUCUGUUGAAAGUUUGUAAGUCUGAGUGUGUGUUUACACUUGCGAGUGUGAUAAUGCUUUUUGUAUUUUUGUGAGCUAUUUUAUGUACAGUAUGAUUUCAUGUACCUCUAUACAGUAUGUAUAAAUAUUUUCUCCUACAUUCUUCAUUUCUAGGUGUUUGACAUUUGGUGCACAGCUUUUUGUUAUACCACAUUAAUUGCUGUCAGUGCACAAUGUUAUUUCUAUUAAUAUAUAUAUAUAUAUAUUAGGCUCAUCUGGAACAGCAGAUGAUUUCAUUGGAAAAGUGGCAUUUUACCUUAUAAUAGUGUCAAGAAC